AUGGGACGGAGAAUUCCUAUUGGAAAAUCAUUGCAAAGCGCUGUGUCAUACGAUGACAUGUCGGUAGGUGAUUAUCGACUUGAAGUUACUGACAGGGAUAUGGUGCUGCAAUGGAAUAAGAUGAAUUAUUGGAAAUUGUCCAUGGAUCCAGAGGCUGUCAGGAACUCUAACAAGGCCGUAUCGUUGAUGGUGAUGAAUGGUACAGGUUUGUAUUUGCUAGCAAGUGAUAAUUCCACGGUUGUUCAAGUAGCUUUGAAUGGUUCAUCAAGUUUUAGGAGAGGUAAGUUGGGUGCCUAUGGCAGAUUUAGCAUCGUCAGACCUCGGAGCAGCGAUAAAUGGGAGUCAGAAGUUGCAGGACCAUUUGAGGAUUGUGAUCUUCCUCUCUAUUACAAUUUUGGAUUGUGCAGAAGAAACCCUCUGGAUGGAAUUUGUUCUUGUUUACCAGAACUCAGUUAUCAAACCAAUGGUGAUUGCAUGCCAGUGAAUGGUUCGCUUUCUCCGCCUUCAGCUUGUACUGCAGCUAGAAAUGACAGUCAAUUGAAUUCCUCUGUUUCCUAUCUAAAAUUCGGCCCUGGUAUGGACUAUUUUGCUAAUAAUUUCAGGGAACCCGAUAAAAAUAAUGUAACGUUGUCGGUUUGCCAAGAUUUAUGCUCUCAAAGUUGUUCUUGUUUGGGCUUUUCCAUUGAAACUCUGCUGGUUCUUGUUAUCUUCUUGAAAAUCAUUUAG